AUGUGUUCAAUACGUCGGCCAACAAAGUUCUUGGGUAUGCUCAAGAAGUCUUCGCGUAUCAGUGGUGUGGUUCUGCGGCGCAUGCAUGCAGUUGGACCUGGAGGAGACCCAGAUAACGAGUACCAUUCCAGAGUAGGCCGCUUGCGGUUUGGUGCAGGUGCAUUAGGACUAGCGCUGCUCGCUGCUGAUCUUGUUUUUAAUGAGAAACGAUUUUUUAAAGCUGCAAAGGUUGGAAAUUUGGAUGAAAUACGUCAACAGUUGGCGACGUCGGGUAAGAAUGAACUGGAGACAGAGAACGCUUUAGUCAACAGACAGCAUGCACUGGGCUGGACCGCGCUCAUGGUGGCGGCUGCCAACGACCAGGCCGCCGCCGUGCGGGAGCUACUCCGCCUCGGAGCUCGCCACGACGUGCGUGAGCGCUAUGCCGGCGCGUCUGUCUCCGCCAAUAACGCGGGGCUGCAUCCACUGGAGGUGCUGCAGCGCCGCGAGGAUGAAUUUUGUCCCACAAUGAACGCUAGAGCGUCAUUCCUGGGCUGGACGGCGCUGCAUUACGCGGCGUUAUCGGACUCGUCUGGUUCAGCAACGGCAUUAUUGGAAGCGGGUGCCGACCCCACAGCUCGCGAUCAUGCAGGCCGGCGCGCUUUACACUAUGCCCGUGAUCCUUCGCCCACGCGCGAUAUCAUUUUGACCCAUACCCGAAAAUGGGAGGAAGCCGCGGCCGCAGCGGCGGCAGAGGAGCGACGACGUUUCCCUCUAGAGCAACGUCUGAAGCAGUACAUAGUAGGGCAGCAGGCGGCCAUCGAAACCGUCUCGGCUGCUGUACGUCGUAAAGAAAACGGUUGGGCGGACGACGAGCACCCGCUCGUGUUCCUGUUUCUAGGUAGCUCUGGUAUUGGCAAAACAGAACUGGCAAAGCAACUUGCCCGGUACAUGCACCGGGACGAUCCUGCUGCCUUCAUUCGACUGGAUAUGUCAGAAUACCAAGAGAAGCACGAGGUCGCUAAGCUUAUUGGAGCACCGCCAGGGUAUGUGGGCCACGAGGAGGGUGGACAGCUCACUCGAGCGCUGGCACGCCGGGCUGAUGCUGUGGUGUUGUUUGACGAAGUAGAUAAGGCGCACCCUGACGUACUCACAGUGCUCCUGCAGCUGUUCGACGAGGGUCGCUUGACAGAUGGGAAAGGGAAAUUAAUAGAGUGCAAGAAUGCGAUUUUUGUAAUGACGUCAAAUUUGGCCGCGGACGAAAUCGCUCAGUAUGGGUUGAAAUUACGACUCGAGGCGGAGACGCGCGCGGCGCAGCGCGUCGGAACUCCGCAGUCUGCUACGCUCGAGGACAUCCGAGGGUUGGCAUUGUCAAUUUUUUCAGCAAAGCAUCCUGUGGAUAUACCGAAUGACACUGAGGAAUGUCUGGAGGUGACGCGGGUGUUCAAAGACACAGUUGUACAACCGAUCCUAAAGCGUCACUUCGGCAGGGACGAGUUCCUGGGGCGUAUCAACGAAAUCGUGUACUUUCUGCCAUUCUCGCGCCAGGAAUUGCUGACACUAGUCAACUUAGAGCUUAAACGGUGGGCAGAUAAAGCUUUCACGAAGCAUUCUGUCGAGCUCCGCUGGGAAGGUGGAGUGCUCGGCGCGCUUGCCGACGGAUACGACGUGCAUUACGGCGCUCGUUCGAUAAAGCACGAGGUGGAGCGCCGUGUGGUGAAUCAAAUAGCCCUGGCUGCGGAACGAGGUUCCCUGGUGCCGGGCUGUGGGGUGCUACUCACGGAGCAAGGCGGUCGAGUCUACCUGGCGGUCCGGCGCCCCCCCUCCAAGGACUACACGCCCUUAGACCUUAGUGUUAUUUAA